AUGCAUUGUAGAAUUCACACUCCACUCAAUCAUCACAUUCAAACAAUAGACCAUACAUUCGGGACAUCUACACUCCAAUCAGUUCCUUGUACUACCAAAUCUACACUCAAACCAACCAAACAUCGGCUUCUGCUUUCCAAAUCAGACCCAACCAAACCAAACAAAAUGCCUUCCGCUACACCAAUCCGCGCCAUGCUCCGCACCUUGACCCGCAACAUGGUCGAGCCCCACCCCUUCGCUCGCAACCCCUUGUCCGUGAAGCCGCAUACAUGGCGCGCAGGCGACUUGAGCAAGAAAAUGGUUCGCACUAGUGCUGUCUUUUUCCCAUUCUACGCCGUCAUUCUCGGCUGGCCAAUCGCCGCGUAUACCGCUUUCAACGGUCGGCUAUGACUUUGGGUGAUGGAGGGGGAAAGGACCGUUAAGGAGGAGAGCAAGGGGUUGGAGAGCAAGGAGGUGGAGGAGUUGAUACUCAAUAUGAGGUGGGAUGAUUAGAAGCAUUUGGGCGCCCCAGGUGGCUUUGGGCAUGGUUCUGGCGUUUUUGGUUGGGCGUUUUGGGGGUUGUAGGAUACCACGUCUUUCGAAUCGAACUUUGAAUAUGAAACUGCGUGGGCAAAAAGCAAUGGACAUCCUGCGAAUCGAACGCAGGUCUUUCGCA